CUACCAGUUUCAUAUUGUCGUUCGCCGGUCUAUUGGCCCGUGAAAGCAAGAGCAAAUGGGCUACGAUUUCGAGCCUUCUAAGAUUGUCUUCCAAAUGGAAUGCAUUGCUCUUUCUAUGUUGAACGUUCAUUCUCUUUCAAAACACUAUAAGUAAAGUGUCUUCUCACUGAAAGGAGUCAUCAUCACAAUCUAUUAUUGCUACCCAAACCCACAUACUAUCCACUCACUUUUGUUGGGGGUUAUGUGACGUCGAUUGGUUUGAUUUCUCCCUUAGUUCAUGAAUACCUUCUUGCGCUUCUGCUUAAAGUAUCGAUAAUUCUAAGUAUUGUACCCCCCUUGUCCAUCAUGUGGCAGGUAUUUUCAUAUUGGAUGAUUCCAACGGCCUCAGCUAUCAUCUGGUUUACCACACUCAAUGCCCUGCUUGGAGCCUUUAUCGUCUUUCCCCCUCAUGAUCAUCUUAACUCUACUAUACCAGCCCGACCACCUUAUCCAUCAAUGGCUUCCCAAUUUCAUUCAGUACCAUACGUAUCAGACAUCGGAGCUACCAAAGAAAUGCAGCCAAUAUUUAUAAUAGGUUGUGUCCUGACCACUUUCUUGCUCGCAGGAUGUUUUGUUGCAGAACGCACACUUCGUCAUAAAGGUCGUCUUGCAAGGAACACAGAUAAAACAGAGAGAGUAGUGGCUUAUCUGAGCAUUGUGUCGGCUGUAGUUGGAUCCGUGGGCUUGAUCUUUCUGAGCAUAUUCGAUGUUUUCAGGUUUAGAACUAUACACAACAUAAUGGUGGGGUUAUUCAUUUCUGGAUAUGCUUUUAGUGCGUUUUGCCAAUUUUGGGAACAUUAUCGCAUGGGAUGUAAAUAUCGAGACACGCAUGCGAACUUGAUGGUUUCGGCUUACACGAAACUCGCUUUUCUUGCUCUGGAAGGUAUUCUCGGAUUAGCAUACUGGUAUGUCUUCAUAGCAAAGAACUGGGAUGCGGGUGCUGCUAUCGAAUGGGCCGUGUCCUACGUCUUCUGUUUUUACAUUCUUUCAUAUCUUUUUGAUUUUCUCCCGGCAUUGAGUACGAAAGACAAGGACUGUAGAUUUGGGGUUUAUACCGAAGAAUGUAUGGUUCAGGUUAAUGGUCGCAGGAAGCAAGCUGUUGUACAAAAUUUCAGGGGAGUUGCACCAGGAUGAGAAGAAGUUGAAGACUUUAGUUGUGCAUAUUAUUCUAGCAAUUAGAAUCGACCAUGACCCCGUCAAGGCAACAGACAAAGACUCGGGGGAAAAAAAUAAGUAGGCCUUUAACAAAUGCAAGCAUUCAAGACAUAUAUCCAUUGACAUCCUCUGCUAACCCAUAUUCUCUCGACCAAAAAAGCAACCCUCAAGCAAACGUAUUAUCAUCUUCUCAGCCCACAUAUGUAAUAAUUAUCUCCCUUUCUGGUUCUCCUUUAUUGUCACAUUAUAACUCGCUGGCUUGUUCUUCCUUACAGUCAUUUUCGCCGCCUGAAAUCUCACAAAGCAACCUGCUACCACUUGCUCUUUAGUUUUAUCUGUGUCCACCAAGCCUGUUUCGAUCAACUCCCUAACAAACAUUUCAACAUCCUCGAAUUCAUUCCAAUCAUUCAGAAACCUGUCCGGUAUUCCCGUGUUGUUGAAUAAAGCUAUCAAGCCGGCGUUGACUGUGUUUGCAGCCGCUAAUAUAGUUAUCGCAAGUCCAUGUUUUGCGGCAGAGGAAGAUCCGAGAGCAGUCAAUACAGCUCCAAAAAGGAGUUGAAGGAUUAAUGCAAGACUGUAAAAGGUACUGGAGAGAUAAUACGCCAGUUGGCUCUUCUGACGUGUUCGCACAAUAUCUUUAUAAAGACCGUUAGGCAAGUGCCGAUGUGAGAAGAGAGGAGAACCAGAAGCUAUUUCAACUGGCCGCGAUGGGCUGUCUUUGUGCGUAGCGCCGAUGGAUCGUAAGACACCUAUGUACUCGGCUUCGGAGAGGGUACAAAGGGGUGGGAGCACAUAUUGUGUUUCUACUUGGCCGAGAGCAUCGACAUCUUGUGGUGUAGGUGUUGGACUUCGAGAAGGUGUUGAGUCAAGGUUCAGUUUGUCCGCUGGGAUAGUGGAAGUCAUGGCGGAAGACAUGUUGAUAGAGUGUAUGUUGUUAGAAUUUUUGAGUGGAUUGAAGCAAGAAUCGAUCGAAAGAUUGCUAAUAGGUGACACUGAUUGCAACUGACCAGGUUAGGUACGAGAUCAAUGAGAAGAAGUGGAAAUUAAAUCUGA